AGCCAUUGCGCUCUCCCACAAAGAACAGAUUGAUGCAACGCGCGUCACGUUCCGUUCGUGUGCAGUGCAUCUUCGUAAUUUUGUGCGCAAGAGCCGAACGGUCGAAUCGAUUGAGCGAGGUCUGGCGAGAUCUAUAGAUAACGAUAUUCCUUGGGCGAACGGCGCGAAGUCGAUAGCGUUGUUGCGAGCGAGCGAGCGCUGGUCGAUAGCCGAUUUCUGGCCAUCGGUCUUUUCGACGCGAGAAAUUGAACUUCGAUAUCUGCGGAAUAAUUCAUCGACGGGGAGAGAGCACGAGGAGAGAUAGAUAUAUCGGCGCGAGUGCGGCACGCGGUAAAUUUGUUGAUUCCGUGAAAGGCGGCCGGCAGCAGACAAUAGUGAUCAAUUGAUGCACGAUGCGCCUCGGCGCAGCAUUGUGCUUGAAAUUAUGCAACGAAAGGCCACCAUUUUGACGAGAUACUGACGAUAUUAUGUGAGGUAUUUUCGCACGCCGUACUGGCGUUAAAUGGGUGCUGCAUUGAAACGGGUUUACUGAGAGAAAAGGAAACAACAGACACGUUGAUGCCGAAGUGCUGAGCUCGCUUGAUAUGGAGAGUAACAAGCAAUCGUCGGCUUCAAACAGCUCAACGAAAGCGAACGUACUUGAGGACAGCAAGGAUGUGCAAAUGGUAUUGGCGAAAAUGAUGGAAGAGAAGCAUACAUUCACCUAUAAGAAACUGGUCGUGCCGAUGUCAAUGAGGAGUAUUUAUUGGAAAUUCUUUGGGUUUCCAGCCACCGACGACGGCGACAUCCUCACCAAAGUGAAGAUUGUUUGUAUACUGUGCAAGACGCAGAUCGCCUAUAACCGUAACACUAGCAAUCUGCGCAUGCAUCUGCAAAACAAGCAUGCCCAGGAGUUGUUAGAACUGGAGCUAUCCAAUCCACCACGUAAGCAAGGGCAGGUUGUCCCUCAAGAGACCAAGGAGCGCAGGAUGCAGAAAAGACUGCUGAAAGGUCUCAGUCCAGCACAACAUAUUUAUACCACAAAUGUGGAUGGCACUGUUCAAAUAGAUGGUGACAUACAAUUUGUUACGGAUCCCAAUAUAAGCCUGUCGAAUAUUGAAGAUGAUAUCACCAUUGGUCAACCAUUGAGAAUGAUGAUCAAGGAUGGAUCCAGCAGCAACAAUCAGAAUGUGGCGUUUCUCAUGUCGGAGGACAAUGGAACAAGUCAAUCCAGUAUAGAUGGUAAAACUGUGUCUGAUGCUAUAGCAGAAUUUAUCAUAAUGGACCUGCAAUUGCCAGAAGUUGUGGAAGGACGUGGCUUCCAGAGAUUAGUGGCUACUUUACGCUCACCCUGUGAGAUUCCCAGUAAGAACAAACUGGAAGAGGAGAUCAUACCAAAGAUAUAUGAGACUUUCCGCAUCUCUGUGGUAGGAGUAUUGUCAGAUAUCACCUCUGAUGUAGGAUUGACAAUGGAAGAGUGGAAAUCAAACUCAGAUGAGAACUUUAUUACUAUGUCAAUCUAUUAUCAGAACCCUGGUGAAGCAGCCUUAGAAUGCAAAGUUCUAAGUACUAUACAUGCACCAUUGGAUUGGGACGAGUCUCAAUGGGGUAACGCCAUAGAUAUAUUAUUGUAUGAAUGGCAAAUCAAAAUUGAGAGAAUUACAGCAGUGGUUGUCAGUACUUCAAGAAUAGAAUUACUUAAUGCUUUAAGAAAUCGUAAUGUGACUAUAGUCCCAUGCUUGCUCUAUUCUUUGCAAGUGUGUGCACAGGCUUGUUUUGAAGAUUCCGAAGUAGCUCCAAUAUUAUCUAAAUGUCGAGCAGUUAUUGGGACAAUUCUAAGUCGUGCAGAUGCAUCAGCAACAUUAACCAUGCAAGAACAAUUGACAGAGCAUCUGGAAGAAAACACAAUGCUAAUGGAUUAUCCUACUGUUUGGAUGUCAACAUACACAAUGUUGGAACAAAUGGUAUUACGUCGCAACAUAAUUAUGUCUCUUUUGGAAAAUAUGGAUGGUAUAGAUCAGGAAAUGGUUGAUCUCACCAGUGAACAAUGGAAAAUCAUGGAAGAUCUUGUGAAUGUUCUCGAACCAUUCAAAGUUACUAUUAUGACACUAAGUGAGGAAAAAAUGCCUCUAAUAUCGUUAUUAAAACCGUUACUUUGGCAACUCGUAUCGUCGCAUCUCAAAGUGAAAGAAUCGGACAAUGAUGUCGCUAAGACGUUCAAAGAAUCUUUAUCGAACAUGUUGUGCGAGCGGUACUCUAAUAACGACGUUUCAUUGCUUCUACAAAUCGCAACUACUUUGGACCCCAGAUUCAAACAAUUACCAUAUGCCACGGAUGAUGAUAAAAAGAUGGUUGCUAAUCCCAUAAAGGAAAUGCUAACCAAAGUGAUUCAGCAAGAAUCCGGGGAAAACAAUUCUGGAAGGAUUCAGAGUGAGACACCGAUUAAAAGAAGUAGAUCAGGUAUGGAGUUCUUACUUGGCGACUAUUGUGUUAAAAAGAAUAUAUUACCUGCAGACAAAAAGGCAGAUUUGGAGAUGGUCCAGUAUCAAUCGGAAUCGACGGCUCCGCUCGACUAUUGUCCCUUGCAAUGGUGGGCCAAAGUUUCUGCAAAGUGUCCAAACCUAGGGAAGCUAGCGAGUAGAUAUCAUUGCGUACCUGCUUGCUGUGCACCGCCUACACGAAUACCGGCAGACGUGCAGAUUCUGUACGAUACAAGACGAGCCGCGAUACCACCUCAUCUAAUCGACAAAUUACUUUUCCUACACGGUAAUCACACAGUGUGAACAUUUUCUUACCUUUUCUUUGCAAAAAAUGUUCGAAGGAUUACUGUGUGUUUAUGUUAAAAUACAAAAUAUUUUCAUAAAGAAUGAAGAAAACUUUCAUUACAAUUUAAAAAAACCCGAAUAAUAUGCACGAAAGGGAACUCCCUGUGUAUAGAUGUAUAUUCUAGGAAUUAUGCAUGUCGCGUAUGUGUGUGUAUAUGUAUGUAUGUGUGUAUGUAUAUUUCUUACAUAUAGGAAACUUAAAUUGUAUGUUUCUGACCGUAUGUAUUUCGUUGAUUAAAAUUACAAAUUUGAUACUGAUGCUAAAUGUGAAUGAUAAAAGGAUAUAAAGAAAAGAAUUUAGAGUUGUACAUUAGCAUUACUUUAAUAAAAGUAUGAUUGUUCCGUUUUAUCAAAA